AUGGCGAGACCGUCUCGUCGAUCCCAAGCUCAGGCUGCCCAGGCUGCUCAAGGCCAGAACCAGACUCCCCAGCAGGGUCAAGCAGCUCCUCAGGAUGAUGCUGCAGGCACUGUCCGUAUCACCCGCCACAUCUCUGGACCACAAUCGGCUUUGACCGACUACCUUGCUGCCCACAACAUCUCUGCAAACCAGAUUCGCCGGGAUGCAGACCAGCGUCGUGCUGCUGCUGCUGCCCAGAACCAAGCAGACAAUGCCAUCGGAGAUGAUGAUGACGAGGCCGAGGCCGGCCCUUCAACAGCAUCUACUGGAGCUUCUCAGUCCGGCCGCAAUGAGACUGCAGCUGAAAAGGCGAAGCGUCAGAAAAAGGAGCAGAUGGCCAUCGCCAAAAUCAAGGCCUCCAAAGCGUUCAAGAAGCGCAAGCACCGAGGCAUGGAUUCAGAAGACGAGGACGACAUAGCACGCGCCCUAUUCGAGCAAAUGGCCCAACCCUUGCCAGGCCAGAUGGAUAACUGCGCCAUCUGCAAGAAGCGCUUCACCGUCACCGCCUACUCGCUGAGUGGCCCUGAGGGCGGUCUACUCUGCGCGCAGUGCAGCAAGGAUGAGGCUGGCAAGAAGGGCAAGGGCAAGCAGAAGCCCAAGAAACCCGCCGGUGGCCAGGGCAAGCGUCGCAAGAUGCAGAGCAACAUCCUCGACGGCACGUACCAGACUGGUGCCAAGAACCUGACCACUCUCUGCAUCGAGACUCUGGCCAAGAAUGUCGACCUCGCCGACAGUUUGGGCGAUUUGCCAGACCAGGUGGUAGACAAGAUUGCGCGACUCUUCUCCAAGCGUCGACUGCUCAGCCCUGUGACGCUGCCCCUGUUUGUGCAGCCGUCCACCACGGUCCUUCACAUCUACGACGGCGCCAAGCUGGGCUCCAACGAAUUCGAGAGCAUCUUCCAGACGGCACCCAACCUCAAGAGAUUCAAGGCUCGCAACUCUAUUCAGUUCAAGGACGAGGUCAUGGACUAUCUUCUGAGUCGCGACAUCAAGCUUACGCACUUUAUUCUCCACGGCGCAAACCUCCUCAGCGACGAGAGCUGGACCAAGUUCGUCCAGCAGAAGGGUGCCCAUCUGGAAGCCAUCCAGGUCUACUACACUGAUAAGCACGUUGGCGACGAGCUGCUUGCUCUCCUUCCCGAGACUUGUCCCAACCUCAAUCGCCUCAAGGUCUACCACAACCAAAAGGUCACUAACGUCGGCGUCAAGUCUAUUGCCGACAUCAAGUCAUUGAAGCACCUCGGCCUUCACCUGCAGCACGACAUCACCUCCAAGAGCCUGGCCCACAUGAUCCACGGUGUAGGCAAGGACCUGGAGACGCUUUCCUUGAAGAAGAUGCCCACGGCCAACGACGAGGUGUUGAGUGCGAUCAGAGACACCUGCCGUUCUCUCAAAAAGUUCCGCAUCACCGACAGUGAGCACAUGACGGAUGAGGGAUUCGCGGACCUCUUCAACAACUGGGAGAACCCUGGCAUCGAGAUCAUUGACCUCCAAAAGUGCCGCUACCGCGACUCGACCAAGCCCCGCGAGAACGAAGACGGCAUUGGCCUCUGCUCCGACGGAUUCCGUGCCCUCAUGAAGCAUUCCGGCAAGAAGCUCAAGAAUCUCAACAUCCACGCUUGUCGUCACAUCAAGCGUGAGGCGUUCGAGGACGCCUUCUCUGAGGAGGACCAGUACCGCAACCUCGUCAAGCUCGAGAUCAGCUUCAUCGAAGAGGUGGAUGAUUUCGUUCUCGGACGCAUCUUCCGAAGCUGCCCCAACAUUCGCGAGAUCAACGUCUUUGGAUGCAUGAAGGUCAAGGAUGUCCGGGUCCCCAGAGGCAAGGUCGUGGUUGGUGUUCCGAACGCCAUGGGGAUGGUCGUUGAAGGUCGCGACGAUUAA